UGCGGUUGCACGUAGGGUGUUUACUGCAUGUGUAUAUUAUACUGUGUAUGUGGCCGAUGUGCAGUGUUGUCUGUACUGUUGAUUGCUAUGUUGAUCCGUGCUGCCAUGAACUCUGACAGAAAAAUAACUUUCACGAGGGCUGAGGGGAGUGCCACUGCCUGGUCAUGAAAGCGACAAAAGUAUUUUAGACUUGUGCUUUGUUUUCUUUUGUCAAUGCUUAUUUGGGCUAAACAAAAUAAUGAAGUUCUGUUCUUUCACCUAGUUGUCUGUUGCCCAUUUGCAGUACUCUCUUAAGGUUUCUAUAACAUCUGUGGACAGCUUUGUCGUGAAUUAAAAUUGUACUGAAUUGUCCCUGCAGUAAAGCUGGGAAAAGGCAUCUUAUCUGCACUGGGGUCUCUCUUGCUCUGGAGGUUACUUCUUGUGGACCUUUCUUUCUAGACCUCUGAAAAAGAGUGGUUCUAUGUUGUUGUAUGAUACUUUUUCACAGAGGUAAAAGUGCCCGUCUGUGAACAAGGCUUACUCAGGUUGUCUACAUCCUAAAUCAUUUCAAACCCCAAGUGAGAAGUCUAACUUUUCCAGUAGCCAGAUGUUAUCGUAUGGGAUGCGUUGGUUUUUUGGGGUUGACUUCUGACAUGGUUUGGAUUGAGGGCCUCUUGUGCUUGGGCAUUGCUCAGGAAUGGGAAGAAAAUCUCAACCCUGGGGGACUAUAUAACUAAAUAUCACAUAGUUUAAUAUGGAUUAAAAGGGAAUUUGCUAGCUUCCUGUAUGGAUUUGAAAAUGUCAUAAAUCUGAGUGGAAGGAAGAAGCUCUUGUUUUCCUUUUCCAUUUUAUGAAUAACAACAGAAAAAAGAAAGCGACUGUGAAGGACAGCAGUUUGAAACAAACCUGUUAUACUGGUGGUACUUGGAUUUAUAAUGUAAAUAGAUCUCUUAAAAUUCUUGCUUACUCCUGUGCAUCUAAUGGAACCCGCUUACGAUUGUUUCUUACUUUGCUGUAUCUUUCUGCAACAAAGGAGGUAGACCUUACUUAAUUUUGUUCUAAAAUGAGUUUGACUUGUGUUUUCCAAGGCGAUGACUCCAGACAGUUGCAUGUUGUUCUGAUUUGUUAGACUGACAACAAAACUCUUCUGGUUUCUGUAUACGCUGUCCCUAAACUUACCCGAUAUCUCUGGAAGCUGACUCUUCUGCUACGAACAAACACAGACACGUGCUACAGGUUAGACUCUUUUAUAGGAAGAGGAAAAUAAGAUAAAUGAGGAUAUUCAAAUGGAUAAAGAUCUAUGGCUGAGAGAAUGGACAUCGGAGAAAGUGCUCUUACUGAUGAGGACAGGUAUGCGAUAUUUAAUGUAGCUGUGGUGCUAGGGUGUGGUUAAUAAGAAAUGAGGUGUGUGCAUAUAAAUGCAGGAAGUUUAGGAAACAAAAUGGAGGAACUUGAUGGAGCAGGAUGUGAAACCAUUAAAAGGGUAACCAACACAAUGUGUGUAUGAGUAGAUAGCUAUUGAGGAAAAUCAAAAAGUGAAAAUAAUAUGAUACGUAGCCUUGAUUUAAAAAUGAAGUUAAAGUUCUCCUAUACAAAGAGAAGUGAAGGCCUGAAGGUCUUUAGAAAUACUUACUAGGCUGCAGGCUGAGUUGAGGUGUUUUACAUGAUUAAAGAACAUGGCAAAUGCUUUUCUUCAAGAACAGCUUGAAACGGGGCUCUGCACAGCUGCAAGCUUGUUAAUGUGAGCCCAGUAGCAUGCAGGCCUUGUGCUUUCAGAGAAAGAAUAACUGGACAUGGAAAUAAUAAGAAAAUGCAAAGUGAUCUUCAACAGCAGAUCAUAGGAAGCGUGCUGGGUUGCUGUCUGAUCAGUUAAGACAAAUAUAUUGUCUUGUGCUAAUCAGAUGCUUUAAUGAAAUCUAAAUGGGGAAAGCUAGAGAGGAUGACUGGAGAAGAGCUGAAGAAUGAGUGAGGAACUGGCCAGCAACAAAUAAUGUUGUCAGAUAGAUGUGAAAGUUACUGGGCUGCUAGCAGGCUGCUGCUGAGACUCCUCAGGGAUCAGUCUUGGAGGAGGGUAUUUAAAGACGAGCAUGCAAAAAUAAAUAAACUGACCAGGGAAGCUGUGGGCCCGUCAUCUGAAAGAGGGCAGAGAUGUUUAUAUGUUUAGAAAGACCUAAAUGUCCGUGGUGUGUGAGUCAUAGAACCACAAUGAAAUUCAAUUCUAAUAGACCUCAUAGCUUGCUAUGGACAACAGACUUAGGGGAGUUCACCACUUGAGUGUAUUAAUUAGUAACAAAACUGUUAUUACCUUCCAGUAUGGUGUGAUUUUACAGAAGACCACAGCUGAAGCAGUUACAGACUGUAUUUCUAGCAGCCUUCUGAAAAGGGAACUGGACUUCAACUGUGAGAUCCUUUCCUGUUGCAUAUCCUUGAGGAGUGACCGAAAGAACACCUGGAUGGCCAGAUGAAAUAGAAAGUGCCUCUUGCUUCAGACUAACUAAACAGUGGUCCUCUGGCUGCAGAGUGUGCCACAAUGGCAACUGCACCUUACAACUAUUCCUACAUCUUUAAGUACAUCAUUAUUGGGGACAUGGGUGUAGGAAAGUCCUGUUUGCUUCAUCAAUUUACAGAAAAGAAGUUUAUGGCGGACUGUCCCCACACAAUUGGUGUUGAAUUUGGCACGAGAAUAAUUGAAGUUAGUGGCCAAAAAAUUAAACUACAGAUUUGGGAUACAGCAGGACAAGAGAGAUUCAGGGCUGUCACACGAAGCUACUACAGAGGAGCAGCAGGAGCUCUCAUGGUCUAUGACAUUACCAGAAGAAGUACGUAUAAUCACUUAAGCAGCUGGCUGACAGAUGCAAGGAACCUCACCAAUCCAAAUACUGUGAUAAUCCUCAUAGGAAAUAAAGCAGAUCUGGAAGCACAGAGGGAUGUUACAUAUGAAGAAGCCAAACAAUUUGCUGAAGAAAAUGGUUUAUUGUUCCUUGAAGCAAGUGCAAAAACCGGAGAGAACGUCGAGGAUGCCUUCCUGGAGGCUGCCAAGAAAAUCUACCAGAAUAUCCAAGACGGAAGCCUGGAUCUGAAUGCUGCAGAAUCGGGUGUACAGCACAAACCGUCAGCUCCGCAGGGGGGGCGGCUAACCAGCGAACCCCAGCCCCAGAGAGAAGGCUGUGGCUGCUAGUGACCUCCCUUCCGUGGCUCCAUCUCUGACCUUUCACCUCUGUCUGUUGGAAGCGAUGCUUUUGACUGCUUCCCUGUCUUCUGUACAUCUUAUUGGGUUGAAUUAAAACUCUUGAGACAAGUUUAACACAGUACUAAACUGCUAAACAACUUUAGAUGUAAUCAGGUUAUCAAAGGCAAGUAGAGUAAUAAAACCUCUCCUGCAUGGUAAAUCUAGAAGUUUUUUUUUUUUUUAUUUUUUCCCCCCCUCCCUUCCUUGAUUGUCCUUGUGGUAGUGUCACCGAUACAUAAUUUAAACUGAGCACUGAUGCUGGACUCAUGAUUUUACACUUUUGCAGGGCUUUUGUCUUGUACGGUUUAAUUUGAUGGUUCUUUGGCCUUUCUUCCCCGCCUCUAACUGUCGAGGGCUGGCUGUAGGAAAGGAGUUUUUGCUGUGAAGUGACUUGCGAUGGCAGCGAGGGGCUCUGUAACGGGGUGCUUUGGUGGGAGAAUCCCCGGCGGGGUGUGCCGGGGUGGGGCGGGCCGGCACAGGAGCGUACAACUCGCACAGGGCAGCGAUCCCUUCAUUCGUGUGCUCAUAGCUUUACGUCAUUUUUUUUAUUAUUUUUGCCACUUUUAUCCUUUACCUUUGUUAACAGAACGUAAAUAUGUAUAAAAUUUGAAGGAACUGAGCUAACAGUUAAAAUACAUCCUGUGUAUAUGAUUUUAAUGAAGAAAAUGAUUACUGGCAUUAGGACAGUAUAUCAGCAAAUCCCAGUUUGUACAGUAUGACCUGUAUGUCACCACACCGCCCCCUUAGUCCAGAAGUAGAUGUGACUGCAGUUCACUACCCUAGGCUUAACUCCCUGUGCUGGGGGAGCUCCGAUCCCGAUGCAGACACUUAACACUAGUGGAAUCUGUCCUUCAUCUUUGCACUGUGGUGUUCCGACGCCGUUUUGUUCCCCCCCUCCCGUGCAAUCGGCAGCGUGCUAACCCGCUUCUCUUCUGUAAGCGUUUUUGCAUUACUGGGCUGCAUCGCCCGCCUCGCGUCGCAUACAAAGGCCGGUUCUCUCGCACACCUUACGCUUUUAUACCUUUAACUUUUUGAAUGGCCAGAGGCUGAACUGGACGGUCGGAACAACGCCUCUGCUCCCUAGGGAUUUUUAACUGCUGUUGUAUUUUUGUACCAGUCCCGCGUGAGGGGUUUCUUUGAAGAUUGGGGCUCUUCCAUGGAGCCUUUGAGCCCCUCGGUGGGGGGUGACACAACCUGUAAUGCCUGGAGGAAGGGGAGCUGUCACCCCUGGCUGUGGUGCCAGGCUCUGCCAGCAGCACCCCCUGCCUCCCGUGAAGCUUCACUUGGAAAACGUCACGGACGGUUUAAUAAAUGGAAGGGGGGUAAGCGCGUAACCGCGGCCAAACGUCCGCCUUCAGCCUCGCAGCAGCGUUUAAAAUACAAAGCAGUCUUAAAAUCCCUCUCUAGACACUAAAACUAUACAAUGUUCAGACUUGUAAGUAAACAGUGGUACCAGAGUAUUGUACAGUCAAUGUUACAUAAAAGCCAAAACUGGAAUGUGCAGACAAUAGGAUUCGGGUAACUUGUGCGCUGUCCCUUUGUUUUGUCUGGUUAGUCUUUUUUUUUUUUUUU